AUGAGGCCAUUAAGGGACGACGCCAAACGCCGGGCAGACCGGCAGUUGAGCGCAAGUAUGAGGCCAACUUCGUCCAAACGUCCGUUUUCAGAUCGCGUGCCAGAUAAAUUCAAAGAUGGAGACGACGCCAACUUCGAUUUCUUAGCUCCGCCGCAAGGCAUGGGUUCACGAGAUGGCAACGUGCACUACAUGCAGCAGUCCCUCUUCUCUAUGAUUGCCGCAGUUGGAUCCAAGUCGGAUUUCCACACCCGCUUUGAGGAAUCCAGUGACAGUGAUGGAGAUGCGGAGGAGCGGGCACAACCCUUGACACAUAGUGGGAAAUCAUCGUCUGCUUUGCCGCCGGUAGCAUCGUCAGACUUUCGCCAGGAAAGCGAGGUAUCGAAAUCAAAACCAUUUGCUCUAGAGGAAAGAGGCCGUCGCCAUCAAAGGGCAAGAUCAGACAAUAAGCUUUUACGGAGAGUAUCCCGGCUUGAUUUGGAAGGCGAGCCGGAUCAAGGACCAACGCAAAGUGGUGGGACCCUUACGGCUCCCUUGAGGCGAACCCGCAGUGCGACACCACGAGCAGCCCCCGUUCUCAGUCGCAUGGUUGAAGCGCAGACUAACUUUGACAUGGCGUCUGCCAAAGGACCCUUGCUACCCGACUCAGACAAAGCUAUGGAAGGCCGACCGCAGUCCUCCGCAUCCGCUCUUUCUACACGACUGAUGAAGAUGUUCGGCUUUGAGAAGCCUGAAAAGGUGUUGGUCGAGUACGCUUGCUCUCUGCUCCAAAGCAUGCUACUUCAAGGCUACAUGUAUGUGACGGAAGGCCACAUAUGUUUCUAUGCCUACCUUCCAAAGAAGUCCAAUGUGGCAAUAAAGUCGGGGUAUCUGGCCAAACGCGGUCGCAAGAACCCUAAGUAUCAUCGAUAUUGGUUCACUUUAAAGGGUGAUGUCCUAUCAUACUACCCAGAUCCCUCCAACCUGUACUUUCCCAGUGGCCAUGUCGAUCUUCGCUACGGAAUCUGUGCGUCCCUUGCCGGCAAAGACAGUGAUGCGAAAGACUUCGAGGUCACUACUGAUCAGCGCACCUAUCACUUCAGAGCGGAUAGCGCAGCCAGUGCUAAGGAAUGGGUGAAGGCUCUUCAGAAAGUUAUAUUCCGCACGCACAAUGAAGGGGACAGCGUCAAAGUAUCGUUCCGAAUAGAGAACGUCAUCGAUAUGGAGCAAAGUCCAAUGGCCGACUUUGCGGAGACAUUCAAGAUUCGAGUUCUCGAUAACGGGGAAACAUAUGCAAUUGAUGAGUACUUCUUCUCAUUCUUCGACUCAGGCCAAGAUGCCUUCAACUAUAUCAAAAGCUUGGUCAAUGCUACUUCCCCUACCACUGCGGCAAAAGAGCCACAAGAUGAAACUGGCAUCAAACGACUUCCUAGAUCAACUACGCAUAAGAGACAGUCAGUCAGCAGUGUUAGAGUUCCCGACCAGACACAAGAUAGCUCACCACGCAAGCGAAGCCUCAGUGUCGAAAAUGAAAACCAAGACUCGGCAGACUCGUUUGCGGAACAAGGCACUGGAUCAUCGCCUAUCAUACAAUCGAUGACAGACACUACUGAGUCUGCAAGUCAAAUACUGAACCGAAGCGAUGUGUUUCAAGCACCCACUAUGCACACACUGCAAAGACACCCAUCGGAUGUGGGAAGAGCCACUCGACCACAUUCUGAGGAUACGACUCCAUCUGCGUCUGCACAGCUGGAGCUGGGCGCAGCAACAGCAUCUCCACCAAGAACACUAGGCCGCGACCAAUCCGACUCGAUGAGAUCUUCAAGACCAAACUCGAUAACCAAUCUGAACGAGCUUGUCAAAGCUGGCGCAUAUCCCCUUCAACGCGCUGCAGGUUUUGCAGAGUACCUGAAGAGUCGCUCCAAGCAGAUGAGUUCCUUACUAGCAACGGAGUCAAUGGGGUACAUAGAAAAGGUCUCUGGCAUGUGGAUCGGUGGACAGAAGCAUUACGGAGAGCGGGAAGGUCCAUUGCGAGAUGAUCAGAGCGCUGAUCCAGAGGACACCGAGGGCGAAUUCAAUUACGGGGAUCGCUUCCGUGCACACUUUGCUCUUCCGUCUACUGAGCGACUUCGGGCGACAUAUUAUGCCUACUUGCAUCGUGUGCUCCCACUUUACGGGAAGAUCUACAUAAGCCAGAGGAAAUUAUGCUUCCGCAGCUUGAUUCCUGGCACUCGAACCAAAAUGAUCUUACCGUUCAAAGAUAUCGAGAAUGUCGAGAAGGAGAAAGGCUUCCGUUUUGGAUACCAUGGGCUUGUUGUCAUCAUCCGUGGCCAUGAAGAACUUUUCUUCGAGUUCAAUGCUUCAGGAUCUCGAGACGACUGUGCAGUCACGUUGCACCAGAAUCUAGAGUCUGUGAAAUAUCUGGUGGAAUCUGGGUUACUGGCAGAAGAGGAAACAGAUGAGGUUGAGGCAGCGAAGGCCGAACACCGCAUGCUUCAGGAAGCGAGGAUUGACAGCCCCGAAGGAAACGAGGUACCUCCCACUUUUACUGAAGACUCAACAGACUCAACAGAAAUUCAUCCAUUCUUUGACGACCCUCGCGCUUCAAUCAUCAACUUCAAACCCGCCGAGUCACUAAGAAUCACGUGUUUGACCAUCGGCUCCCGGGGCGAUGUACAGCCGUAUAUCGCGCUUUGCAAGGGACUGCUAGCUGAGGGCCACAAACCGAAGAUUGCGACCCAUGCGGAGUUCGAACCCUGGAUCAGAAGCCACGGAAUCGGCUUUGCCCCCGUCGAUGGUGAUCCUGCCGAGCUCAUGCGAAUCUGCGUCGAAAACGGGAUGUUCACAUAUUCCUUCCUCAGGGAAGCCUCGUCGAAAUUUAGAGGCUGGAUCGAUGAUCUUUUGUCGUCGGCUUGGGUCGGCUGUCAAGGUAGUGACCUUCUUAUUGAAUCGCCCAGCGCCAUGGCCGGGAUUCACAUUGCGGAAGCCUUACGCAUACCUUACUUCCGCGGAUUCACCAUGCCAUGGACAAGAACGCGUGCGUAUCCUCACGCUUUCGCCGUGCCGGAGAAUCGAAUGGGCGGGGCGUACAACUACAUAACGUACGUGAUGUUUGACAACAUCUUCUGGAAAGCCAUUGCAGGACAAGUCAACCGCUGGCGAAACAGCGAGCUGGGAUUGAAGGCUACUACCCUGGACAAAAUGCAGCAAAACAAAGUCCCGUUCCUGUAUAACUAUUCCCCCUCCGUCGUACCCCCGCCUCUCGACUACCCAGAUUGGAUCCGGAUCACCGGCUACUGGUUCUUGAACGAGGGCACAGACUGGUCUCCACCGACUGAGCUAUCAAACUUUAUUGCGCAAGCCCGAGAAGAUGGCAAGAAGCUUGUGUACAUCGGAUUCGGGUCCAUUGUGGUCUCUGAUCCGUCUGCCCUCACACGCACGGUCAUCGAAUCAGUCCUGAAAGCCGAUGUCCGUUGUAUUCUUUCAAAGGGAUGGUCGGAUAGACUGGGUGACCCAGCCAGCACGAAAGCCGAAAUCCCCCUUCCACCAGAAAUCCACCAGAUCCAAUCCGCACCACACGACUGGCUGUUCUCCCAGAUCGAUGCAGCAGCCCACCACGGCGGAGCAGGCACCACCGGCGCGAGUCUCCGAGCCGGCGUCCCAACCAUCGUCAAGCCAUUCUUCGGCGAUCAGUUCUUCUUCGGCUCACGAGUCGAGGACCUGGGUGUCGGCAUUUGCCUGAAGAAACUCAACGUCAGCGUCUUCUCGCGGGCUCUCUGGGAGGCGACGCAUAGCGAACGCAUGAUUGUCAAAGCACGGGAUCUGGGCGUUCAGAUCCGCAAUGAAGACGGCGUGGCCACAGCAAUUCAGGCUCUGUACCGCGAUUUGGAAUACGCAAAGACUUUGGCUAGACAAAAGUCUCUAGCCUCGUCUACACCGUUCUCUCCUACGCCUAUGGCAAAGGCCUCGCCCGAUGGAGGUGACGAUGACCUUGAUGAUAUCGAAGAAUGGACAUUCAUCGGCGAUGAAACCGGCAUUGAUAUCUCUAAGCGCAUGCGUGAGCGAGCUGCUUCGGAUGCUGACAGGCUGGGUGCUGAUAUGUUCUAA